CUCUCGAACAGUAAAUCAAUGAAAUCCAACUCCUGUACCUUUAAUCAUUUCGUUGUUUUAAGUAUUAUACCUACUAUUAUACCAUGAGUGUUAUUCCUUUCGAGGUGUUACAUUUUAGCAACAUAAAAAUGAUCCAGGCUUACUUGUAAUCUACUGUGCAGCUAUCUCACUUUCUCGAGACCAGUCGUUGACCAGUUCGACUAUUCUUAUCCACCACCAUCCACCUGUCUGACAGAUAAUCCAGAACCCCACACCCUUGCCGUCUGCUCAGCAGAAGCUUUCUAGCGAAAAGGUGAGAGAUGCAGCAAAACCCAUGUUCCAGAGGGACAUUGUCCUCCUUCUUCCCGGACAACAGGCAGGCCUGUGGGGGAGCUUCGGUGACCCCAGUGCUCCCGUUCAGGUGCCCACGGUGUGGAGAGCAGGAGAGGUUUCGAAGCCUGGCCUCUCUCCGAGCUCAUCUGGAGUACAGCCACUCUUAUCAUUCCCCUCAAGAACUGAGUCUCCCCCUCCCCGCACGCAGGGGGCAUCCCCCCGCCCACAAGGCCUUGCACGUGCGCUCCCUGAGCGACACCAGAGACGCUAGUGUCACGGGCUCUGAGAGGCGCCGCACUCAGAGUGUGGGCACGCAGGCGGACGAAGAGGCCCAAGCUGAGGAUGAGGAUCAAGAGGAGCACACAAGCAGGACCUCGGAACUUCCAUUCAUUAAGUCAAGUUCCACCAGUCCAGAUCACUAUGUCCACUUCCCCACACCUCCCCUCGCUCCAGACCCAGUCAGCCAGCCACAGGGCAUGACCCCAGGGCAGAGCUUCUGUGGUGGGGAGGUGUCGGUGCGCCGGAGGCUGGCCAGUGUGUUGCGUGCUGCAGAUAGCUCCAUGCAGAGGAGGCUGACCCGGGUGAGCACCGAGCUAGCCCAGACGGACACAGAGCUCCUGUGUGAGCGCGCCCACUCCCAGCACCUGGCCCAGGAGAGGCAGGAAGUGUUGGCACGGGAACAGGCGCUGAGCAGACAGGUGGAUGUGGCUGUCAUGGUGAUAGCCACGCUCAGAGAACAGCUCAACGCGUCCGAGGACGAGCUGGAGAGGAGGGAGCAAGAGGUUCUCACCAUCCAGAGGUUCCUGGAGGCUGCAGCACAGCAGGAGCAGUGUGGGAAGGUCCGGAUCCAGCACUUCAUUGAGAACCUGCUGCAGCGCAUUGCUCUGGCUGAGAGACUACUGGAGUACUACCAGAGCUCCACCAGCACCUCACAUAGCAACCAUUACAUGGAGAAUCAGACAGGUGAAAACAGACCUCAUAGAAUCAGCAAAAGCAGGCCAGGAGGAGGUCAGCUGUCAUCUCCAUGUCCCCAGGACGGCAGAAUAAACUCCACCCAGCUGGGACGCUCCUUUCCUCAACCUUCAAGAGAAAGACUGGCCCAGUCUUCAGGCCACUGCAGGCCUGGCAACAGCAGAGACCAGUUCUGGAGGCCGCACCGCAGACCAGCAGGCUAUGAAGCCUAGACACCUAAGCCAUAACAGGUCAUAACCCACGCAGACCUGGGCCAAAGAAACAUGAGGUGCCAAAUACAUUUGCGGUACAUUUGGUUUCCUCAUAAACUUUCAUUUUACUUGACAAUAUAAAUCCAGUUUUUAAAUGCAUUAAUGUGUAUUUGCUCAAGGUUCAGAACUGAGGAAUGUACAGUUCUAGUUGCCUGACCUCGCCCAUACCUGUCAGAGGAUGAGGAGUGUAUGAAUUAUAAUCAACACAAUAGUCGUCUCUUCUGGGUCAAAUAAGCUAUAUUCAAUGCACUCGUAUACUUAUUACACUGAAUUGUAGAUCCCACUUCCGCUGUGUAAAUGUGGUGGUGACAUCCUCUGCUAUUUAGAGCAAAGUGUUUUGGUUCUAUGGCAUGUUUUUCUUUCCACUGGGUAGAACUGCAGACUUUGAUUCCCAGUAUGUCAUCUGAAGUUCAGCAUUUUACACGGUGUGCUUCAUCCGGCUGGUCAAAGAGGUGGCUCCCACACAAACAAGCUCUUUUAUUCUACCGUAACAGGCACUCAUUUGAAAACAGGUUUCUAUUUCCCUUGUUCCCUAAUAUGGAAGAGUGAACGGUAUUCCUUUCAUGAUAAAAAAUAUGAAUGUAGAGACUUUGAAGUAAUGCACCUUUAUUUCACUGCAACGUAUCAUCUGUGUUUACAAGAUAAGAAUGUAUUCAAAAGGAGAAUCAAUGUUCAUGUAUUAUCUUUGGUGUUUGUUGUAACUGUUUUGUUAGUAUCUGGUUGUUGAUAUUUGGUACAGAGCUAUUUUAUUUGUAUUUCUCUUGGUGAAAGCGUAUUUUUGUGGGAAUAACGUAACCGAUAGUAGCAACUACUGUAGUUGAUCAGUUUUGGGUAGUGGGAUCUUUUCACCCGUCAACGACAUACUUUCUUUUUUUUUUAAGUUACAAUCUCACCAAAGAUGGUGUUACUGAAUCAAUCUUUCGUAUGUAUGCGUUUUCAUGUGACAGUCGUGUUUCCAAUGGAUAGUUUAAAAAUAACGUUAAUUAGAGGAUGCAUGUUGGUGCACAGCUAUUGUAUACUGAAAAUGCAUGCUCCUUAGGUAGCAUUGUGAAAUUAUGUAUGAAGUUAUGUAUUCUAUUAGGUGUACUUUUGUAGCAGGAGAACCAGAUGUAUUUUGUUGGGAACGGAGAGUUGCACUAAUGGUCAAAGCACUUUGGACCUGGUGGUCCUAGUCAGGAGUGUGAAUUGGACAAUCUGAAAGGAAGUGUAUUUGGUGGGUAGACGAACCAGAGAAGUAUUAAGAACUACAAGCAAAGGCUACCUUUAUUGCUGUAUGUUAUUAGAGAUACAGUUCAUGUACUAAUGUUAUUGCUGCCAAGUUUUGUGUCCUUGAUUCCUGUAUGUCUAUAUAGGUUUAUUUGCAAGAAUAAUCACUAGUUUUGUGCCUUCACUUAAAAACUGUAGUCUGUAUAACACUGUGCUAAAUGCAAUACUGUGAACAACUAAACUACUUUUGUUCAAAUGUGUUGGUCUGUGUGGAAUCAUGAAGA